CCGUGUUUCGGCUAGGUUGUCCACACUACCCCUCACCCUCCACGGAUCCGCCGCUUCCGCCGCCUUCGUGCGCCGCCACUUUCUUCCGUCAGUAACCCCUGUAAGCCGCCACGACGUCGGUCAGCAUGAACAAGUACUUCCCGGGGAUCGGGCGGGUGGAGUACCGGCCGGAUGCCGGCCCCGAGGACACUUUGGUCUUCCGGCACUACAAUGCCACCGAGACCGUCCACGGCCGCUCCAUGGAGGAAUGGCUCCGCUUCUCCGUCUGCUACUUCAACACCUUCAGGUACUUGGGUUCAGACAACCACUAUGGAGAGCGAGCUCACCAGAGGGCGUGGGAGGACGCCUCACACUCUUUGGAUAACUACAAGCGUCGCAUGAUCGCAGCUUUCGAGCUUCUCCACAAGUUGACGGUCAGGUACUACUCGGUAAGUGAUCGCGACAUGGCCCCUGAAGGUGACAACUUCGAUGAGACCAACAGUUACCUCGAGGAGAUGGUGACCCUGGCGGCUGAACUCCAGAAGCAAACUGGGAUUAAGCCACUCUACUAUAGUGCUGACCUCUUUACUCACCCUCGCUACAUGAACGGCGCAGGUGCCAACCCCGACGCUCACGUGUUCGCCUAUGCAUGUGCACAAGUAAAGCGCAGUCUGGAGGCGGCCAAGCGCCUGGGCGCUGAGAACUUCGUGUUCUUCAACCCUCGCGACGGUUACCAGAGCGUUCUGCAGCGCCAAUUCUUCCGGGACAUGUCUCAUAUGGCACAGCUGUAUCGCAUGGCUGCGCAGUACAAGGACAAGAUCAGCUACAAGGGUCAGCUGCUGAUCCAGCCCAAGCCAUCCGACCCUCGCCGUCACCAGUAUGAGGCAGACGCCAUGGCUACCAUGCACAUGCUCCGACACUUCGGUCUGGAGAAGCAGUAUAAGUUGUACAUCAAGCCUGCCUUCUCCCGCCUCACGGGGCGUCCCUACGAGCACGAUGUCUACAUAGCCGCUGCUUACAACAUGCUCGGUUCUGUCGAUGCCUCCGACAGCUUUCCAGAGUUGAAAGCUACCUCGGACAUCUGUGCUCGUGACGUCUGCGACGCUACCUACGUCAUGAAGUGCGUGCUGGAGCAGGGCGGUCUGCAACAUGGCGGGUUCACUCUUGGAGGUCGGGUUCGUCGCGAGUCCGUGGAGCCCCGCGACCUGUUCCACGGUCACAUCCUGGCCAUGGACACCUUCGCCCGAGCACUCAAGAACGCUGCUCGCAUGAUUUCUGACGGCUGCUUUGCUCGUUCCCUUCAGCAUCGUUAUUCUUCUUACAAAUCUGGAUUCGGAGAGCGCGUGGAGAGGAACACAGCCACGUUGGAGGACUGCGAAGACUUCGUGCGUAAGAAUGGAGAACCCGAGCUCCAUUCUGCUCGCUACGAACACUUCGAAAAUGGAUCACACCACAAUGCCUGCAUAAAUAGAAUCCUACACUGGCCAGCAAGAAAUCUAAAUGGAAGGACUAAUGGUGUGCUUCCCUGUGUGUGGAAUAAUGUUCUUCCAGUGUUGUCGAUCAUACAAGACACCAGGGGCUUACAGGUGUGGUUCUGUUCUUACCAGCGCUAUCAACAACAGGAAGUCACCAAGUGUCCAUUGCCACAAGACUUAUCAUGCACCCUUAUCAUAUCUGAAGCUUUCCUGCCCCAAACCUGAAUUAAUUUUGGUUUGUAGGUUGUCCGAGAUCCAUUAUCAGAUUCUCUCACUCCUGUAUACAUAAAGAAACUUCUCUUGCGCAGGGCAACUGGGGAGCUAUGCUCUGGGUUCCCUACCCAAAAGAGGCCACAACAAAAGCAGGGUUCUGGGCACAAAAAAAAAAAAAAAAAAAAAUCAAAUAACUGCACUUAAGUUCAUAUCUGUAGAGAAAGCCAACAGCAGGCUUGUUGACAGGUUAUAUAUGCUAUAUAUUAAGGCCAGAAUGUAAUUUGAUAAUGAAGUUCAAGUGACAGGGACCCCCUUCCCUACAAUUUGCUUGUCCUGGGGCCUCCAAAAUUCAGUCCACCACUGCUCUUGAAUGUUACAUGUGACUUGUCAAACUCAUGGGUGUCUCAUGGAAAAAUGUUUGACAAUCCUCACAUGGGGGUGACAAGUUACAUUGUCAGUAGGCAUGCAAAAUUCACUUCUGACAUCUCCAACUGCCUCAAUGCACUUACUCUACCAGACCACCUUGAUGAAAGUCCCACCUUUAAUGCAGCCUCAAUUUGACUGUUAACAAAUUAACUUACUGAACCAACUUUGAUUAUAUUUAACCUUUAACACACUCCACUUCUGCCCUACACUAGUCUCUGCCCUCCGAAAAGUCCUCCUUCAUCAAAUUCCACCCUACAGUGCUGUAUGACCCUCUUGGGUUUAGUGCUCAGUUUGUUACUAUUAUGUACACAGUGCCAUCUCCAAUAUUACACUUAAUGUUCUAAGGAAUUUUAUGUGCACCAUUUUGUACAUAUUUAAUUAUGUGGAAUCUUAUAGGUAAAUUUUAAUGUUUUUAAACUCGUUAUGCUCUUGGAAAAACUAGAAUGUAUCUUAACAUUAUAUAUAUAAAGGAUCUGGCUUGGAGUGAUCAUGCUGGUGAAAGGAACUGGACAUAUUCUCUUCUUGGAUUAAACCUGAUUGUCUCCCAUUCCCUCAGCGCUGUAUAGCCCUUGUGGCUUAGCGCUUCUUUUUGAUUAUAAUAAUAAUAAUAAUCCCAUUCCCUCAGGUGGUGUGACUCCCCCCCCCCCCCCUAUUGGUUAAGCACUUCCACUUUAAUUAUGUGGUGUGAUUAAAAUGGGAGUAAGGGUGUUAAGUUUUCAAUAACAUGAUCUAAAAAUAAAAAAAAUUAACUAUGACAUAAUAUAUAGGGUUGAUAUAUUACUGCCUCUAAUGUUAUACAAAAAAUUAUAUGAAAGAGAAAUGUGGUUAAAAUAUGUAUAUAGACUACUUUUGGAAUUAUGGAUAUAUGAAGUAGUAGACAAGUAAGAGCUGCAACUCUAUAAAUGAAACAAAUGCAAUUGAUUAAAAAAGGACUUAAUAUUGAAAUUAUAAAUAAAAGUUCUGAUUGGUUUUUAUGAAAUAUAUGAAUCAUUCAUGCAUCCUAUCAGUUUAAAAAAGUAAUUAUUGCAAUAUUCCUAGUCAUAACUAAUCUUUACCAAGGAAAUGUAAGCCUAAUACGUUUAUAAAAUUAUCAUAAAAAAAAUCAGUGCAACUGAUGAAAAAUUAAAAUUAAGUUGAAACUGUAAUAAAUAAAUAUAGCUAUAUA